AUGCUAUUCAAUAUCAACCGUCAAGAAGACGACCCCUUUACGCAAUUGAUCAAUCAAUCUUCGGCAAAUACGCAAAAUCAGCAAGCGCAUCAGCAGGAAAGCCCUUAUCAGUUUUUGCAAAAGGUUGUGUCCAAUGAGCCAAAAGGUAAGGAAGAGUGGGUCUCGCCAUUUAGACAAGAUGCCCUCGCCAAUAGGCAAAACAACCGGGCAUAUGGGGAAGACGCAAAAAACAGAAAGUUUCCUACCGUAAGUGCUACUUCUGCCUAUUCAAAACAGCAACCUAAGGAUUUAGGGUACAAAAACAUACCAAAAAAUGCUAAGAGAGCCAAAGAUAUUAGAUUUCCAACUUACCUAACUCAAAAUGAAGAAAGACAAUAUCAGUUACUAACUGAGUUGGAACUAAAGGAGAAACAUUUGAAAUAUUUGAAGAAGUGCCAGAAAAUUACUGACUUAACUAAGGAUGAAAAAGAUGACACUGACACUACUACUUCUUCGUCCACUUCUACAUCAUCAUCGUCAUCGUCAUCGUCAUCGUCAUCGUCAUCGUCUUCAUCAGAUGAAGGGGACGUUACUUCUACUACCACAUCUGAGGCCACUGAAGCAACUGCUGACACUGCAACUACGACAACCACUACCACCAGUACUUCUACUACCAGCACUUCUACUACUAAUGCUGUCGAAAAUAGUGCUGAUGAAGCAACUUCCGUGGAGGAAGAACAUGAAGACAAAGUGAGUGAGUCUACUUCAAUUGGCAAAGGCACUGCUGAUUCAGCUCAAAUUAAUGUAGCGGAACCAAUCUCAUCCGAGAAUGGGGUGUUGGAACCACGCACUACAGAUCAAAGUGGCGGUUCAAAGUCAGGUGUCGUGCCAACAGACGAACAAAAGGAGGAAAAAUCCGAUGUAAAAAAAGUCAAUCCUCCCAGUGGGGAAGAAAAAAAGGAAGUGGAAGCGGAAGGGGAUGCAGAAGAGGAAACCGAACAAUCGUCUGCAGAGGAAUCUGCUGAGAGAACGUCUACUCCAGAAACCUCGGAACCGGAAUCCGAAGAAGAUGAAAGCCCAAUCGAUCCAAGCAAGGCUCCCAAGGUCCCUUUUCAGGAACCUUCUCGAAAGGAAAGAACCGGAAUUUUCGCUUUAUGGAAAAGCCCUACUUCUUCAUCUACCCAAAAAAGUAAGACCGCCGCUCCAUCCAAUCCAGUGGCCACUCCAGAAAAUCCUGAAUUAAUUGUAAAGACAAAAGAACAUGGUUACCUAUCAAAGGCAGUUUAUGAUAAAAUCAAUUAUGAUGAAAAAAUUCAUCAAGCAUGGUUAGCUGAUCUUCGAGCAAAGGAAAAGGAUAAAUAUGAUGCUAAAAAUAAAGAAUACAAAGAAAAGCUACAAGAUUUACAAAAUCAGAUUGACGAAAUUGAAAAUUCAAUGAAGGCCAUGAGAGAAGAAACUUCUGAGAAAAUUGAAGUUAGUAAAAACCGGUUGGUCAAAAAAAUCAUUGAUGUUAAUGCCGAGCAUAAUAAUAAGAAACUAAUGAUAUUAAAAGACACUGAAAAUAUGAAAAACCAAAAGUUGCAGGAGAAAAAUGAGGUCUUGGACAAACAAACCAACGUUAAGUCAGAAAUCGAUGAUUUGAACAAUGAGAAAACGAAUGUCCAAAAGGAGUUCAAUGACUGGACCACGAACUUAAGUAACUUAUCUCAACAGUUGGAUGCUCAGAUCUUUAAGAUUAACCAGAUUAAUUUGAAACAAGGCAAAGUUCAAAACGAAAUCGAUAAUCUGGAAAAGAAAAAGGAGGAUUUGGUUACCCAAACUGAAGAAAAUAAGAAGCUGCAUGAAAAAAAUGUACAAGUUUUGGAAAGUGUAGAGAACAAGGAAUAUCUUCCACAAAUUAAUGAUAUUGAUAAUCAAAUAUCAAGCUUAUUGAACGAAGUGACCAUAAUCAAGCAGGAAAACGCCAAUGAAAAAACUCAACUAUCGGCAAUUACCAAAAGACUCGAAGAUGAGCGCCGCGCUCAUGAAGAACAGUUGAAGCUAGAAGCUGAAGAAAGAAAACGCAAAGAAGAGAACUUAUUGGAAAAACAGCGCCAAGAGCUGGAGGAACAAGCGCAUCAGGCUCAAUUAGAUCAUGAGCAGCAAAUUACUCAAGUCAAGCAAACCUAUAAUGACCAAUUGACUGAACUACAGGAUAAGCUGGCAACCGAAGAGAAAGAACUGGAGGCAGUCAAGAGGGAAAGAACGCGAUUACAAGCUGAAAAGGCUAUCGAGGAACAAACUCGCCAGAAAAACGCUGAUGAGGCCUUGAAGCAAGAAAUAUUGAGUAGGCAGCACAAACAAGCUGAAGGUAUACACGCGGCUGAAAACCACAAAAUACCAAAUGACCGUUCACAAAAGAAUACGAGCGUCCUUCCAAAGGACGAUUCCUUGUAUGAAUAUCAUACUGAGGAAGACGUCAUGUAUGCCUAA